CUGAAACGUCAAGUAACGUUAGCUGUCAGGUUAUGGUGGACCGUCAAUUUUAGUAAACGAAGAAAAAUCGUGUAUAUUUUUUUGUGUGUUUUGUUACGUUGUGCCUAAUUUAAUAAAAAUGCAUUUUUCAAUUCCUGACACUCAAGAAUUAAACGAAGGAAAUGGGUCAACCUACAUUGGUUAUAAUAUCCACAUCAACGGUGUUUUUCACUGUACUGUGCGUUACAAGCAACUGCAUAAUUUACAUGAGCAAUUAAAAAAAGAAUUUAGUAACGAUAAUCUUCCACCAUUCCCUCCAAAAAAGUUGCUGCCAUUAACAGGGGGUCAGUUAGAGGAUAGACGUGCAUUGCUAGAAAAAUACAUCCAAACAGUGGGGCAAGAUCCAAAGCUGGUUUCUUCUGAACUCCUGGUAGGAUUUCUGCUUUCAGCACAGCAAGAAACGACAUGUGAAAAAAGACAAGAAGUUAAUUUAGAAGUGUACACUAGUAAUAAUUAUCAAAUUUCUCUCACUGUAUCAACAUUUGAUCGCACUGAACAAGUACUCAUGAAAGUAUUUAAACAAAUUAAUCUCCCCCUACAGUACUUGCAAUAUUUUUCCUUGUAUCUUAUCAAGAAAGAUAACAACGGCGACUUAGUCGUACUCAGAAAACUCCUCAACUUCGAGUCACCAUACAUGACUCACAAGACUGUCAGAGAUUCAAAUAAAAUUGUGAUAAGGAAGAGCUACUGGGAUUGUAAUUAUGAUCAAGAACUCAUGACAGAUCCUGUUGCGUUGAAUCUCCUAUACGUCCAAGUAGUUAGUGAUGUAGAAAAAGGGUGGAUAUGUUGCACUAGAGACAUAAAAUCGCAACUGGCAAAUCUCCAAUCAAGAUUAGCAAAACGGGAAUACAUUGAACUAGCGCGAACGUUGAAAUAUUAUGGUUUUAUGCAAUUUACGCCAUGCUACUGUGAUUUUCCAAAGCCUCAAACCAAAGUCCUUAUUGCGAUAGGUGAUCAAGAACUGAGUAUGAGAUUAGUUGGCAGUGGGCAAUUUGUCAAAGAAGGGUCUUUCAAAGUCACUAGAAUGAGAUGUUGGCGGAUCACAGCAACACAUAAUAAACAAGAUAUGGCAGCAAAUAGUCAUGCAAAUGUGAAUUCUGGCCUGGAGCUCUCUUUUGAAUACUUGAUGUCCAAGGAUAAGUUACAAUGGAUUACUGUGUCAAGUGAACAAGCAAUUUUGAUGUCUGUGUGUCUCCAGUCGUUAGUUGAUGAGUUGUUAAUGAAGAAGAAUGGCGUUCAGAAGAAGCAACCGCCAAUGAACAAAGGGAAUUGGUCUUAUAUGAAGAGGGAUGGGUCUUGCCACUUAAUCUCAUUAGAUGAUGUCAAUUCAAAUUCAAGGGAUGACGGUUCUGCUCAAAAAUACCAAGAGUCUUUUUCAAUUAAGAAACUCCAAGAGAAAUUUUCAAGUGUAUCAUUUAAGACAGGGAAAGAAUUUAUUGAAAAUCAUGCAUUUGAAGGAAUAGGCGACGACGAUUUAUAGAUUGACGAAUUAAGAUUGUUUUGCUUUGGUAAAUGAAUGUUGUUACAACGUGGGUUUUUUUAAGGUGCUAUUUUCCAAUGAUGUCCAAAAGAAUUAUGCCAUUUACAAUAACUAAAUUUACCAAAAUCAUACAUUGUGAGGGAGAAAUUAACCUCAUACAGUCCAUUUUAUGUGCCAAACUUAGAAAUAAUAAACAAACAUAUUUUACUAAAGCAGCAAUAUAUUCAUAUUUUAUAUAUUAACAGGUGAACAUGUAUCACGACUAAUUCUUUAUCAAACAAAUCUAAAUCGCGGAAUUCUGACAAAAUGCUCAAAUUUUAUAUUCCCUAAUUGUUUUUUAGUACCUGACCGAUUAUUUGUAUAUUUAAAAUAUGCAUUUUUUUAACUUUAUACAUAUUACUUAUGUAACUAAUUUUAUAUAUUUUUUAUAUGUAACAUAUAUAGAUCUUAUAUAAUGUAUGUUAUUCUUUGUUAAGCGGAAAGCGAAACUUUACAUUCCUGUAGAGUUUUCAACGUCCAACCGGUAAUUUUUUAUAUACAUCCCAAAUGUAUUUUAACAAUGAUCUGUGUGUGUAUGUAUAUUUUACAUUUAAAUUUUAAAUAAAGACUUUAUACACA